UUUGAACACCGGAAAAUUAUAUACAUUUUAAUAUCAUAUUUUCUAAAAUUAAAAUCCAAUUAAUAACUCGCCUAAUAAUUUGUUGGUAUGUGAGCAACAUAAAUAAACCUGCACAUUAUGACAUAAACUAUACUUUUAACUAGCUUAAAAUUGAAAAAUUGUUCCUAAUCAGCUGCUUCCGAUAAUAAAGUUAAUUUGUCUGUGAGCGCCAGUGAUUCAGCUGAUAUAUUUAUUCUGAUUGUUGUUGACUAUAUCGAGUGACAGAAAAAUGUAUAAAGAAAUUAAGAAGAUGUUAAAGAAAAGUGUGAAGAUAACUUUGAGCAGCUUUGCGGCUGACAGGUAUUUGGUGUACCUGUUUAAUAUCACCUACGGGAAUCUUUAAAGGAGUUGAUCAGCUAAAUUUAACUAAUUCACGACAGAAACGUGCUUCCCCAUUAGACCAAAGCUAUUUUUGUAUGAUGAAGAAGUCUACCAUCCUCAAAACUUUUCAAAGGUUUUGGAAGAAGUUGACUAGCACUAGAAUCUCGAAAUAUUCAAGAAUAUCUUAGAAACUACUACUACCAGUUAAUAGGGGCACAACAUGGAGGAAGAUCAAGCAAAGCGACCUGGAGUUCUCGAUGUAGGACGAGCGAUGCAACGUUUCGGGAUGGUAGACUACGUUAUGUUCGUCAUCAUGCUUGGGAUUUGUCUGGUGGUUGGGAUGUAUUUUGGGUUAUUUAAGAAAAACCAGACUUCACAGGACUAUUUAGUUGGUGGGCGUAAUAUGAAAAUUUUACCCAUAGCUAUGUCUUUGAUUGCCACGUGGGUAAGUGGUAUAUCGUUGUUGGGAAUACCAACGGAAAUAUACGUAUAUGGAAUUCAAUAUACUUAUAUAAUAUUCGGGUACCUACUGACAACUCUAAUAUUUGGAUACAUUUACUUGCCCGUUUUUCAGCAGUUAAAACUCACUUCGACCUACGAGUACCAUGAAAUGAGGUUUGACAAAAAAGUAAGGCUAUUUGGAUCUGUCCUCUUUGCCAUUGGUAUGAUAGCUUGGCUGCCUUUAGUAAUCUAUGUGCCAGCUUUAGCAUUUAAUCAAGUUACAGGAGUUAAUGUCCAUCUUACGACCCCAGCUGUAUGUAUAAUAUGUAUUAUCUAUACAUCUAUGGGUGGUCUAAAAGGAGUAGUUUGGACAGAUGUUAUUCAAAUAUUUAUUAUGUUCGGAGCAAUCCUCUUGGUUGUGAUCAAAGGAACUAUUGAUAUAGGUGGCAUUGGAACCGUAUUAGACAGAAAUUGGAAUAGCGAUAGAAUAGAGGGACCUAAUUUUGACCCAGAUCCGAUGGCAAGACAUACCAUAUGGGCGCUCGUAAUUGGUGGAGCUGCAUACACACUGCAAAGUUCAGGGGUGAAUCAAAAUAUGGUGCAGAGGUAUUUGGCAUUGCCGACAUUAGAGCACAGCAGACGGGCCUUAUGGAUGUUUUUGAUUGGAUUGACUGUGAUUGUAUUACUUUGCUCCUACUGCGGCCUGCUUGUUUAUGCUACUUAUUACAAAUGCGAUCCUCUUACAACAAUGUUGGCAAAAGAGAAAGACCAGCUGUUACCAUUGCUGGUAAUGGAAAUAUUAGGAGACGUUCCUGGACUGCCUGGGUUGUUUGUAGCUGGUAUAUUUAGUGCUGCUCUAAGUUCACUUUCAACAGGUUUAAAUGCAAUGGCAGCAGUUGUCCUAGAAGAUUUUUAUAAGCCAUUUUUUAAAAAGGAACUAUCGGAGAAGAAUACAUAUCUUCUUAUGAAGACCACAGUCCUGAUUACAGGAGCAGUAUGUGUGGGAUUGGUUUUUGUAGUUGAAAAGCUUGGAGCAGUAUUACAGCUUACUAUGAGCAUUGGUGCUAUAGCUAAUGGACCUUCAUUGGGACUGUUUACUAUGGGGAUAUUAUGCCCAUGGAUUAACGCCAAGGGAGCUCUGAUCGGUGGAAUGGCUUCUCUAGUUUUCAUGUCUUGGCUGUGCUUGAGUGCUCAAAGUUUGAUAUCAUCGGGAGACUUAACGUUUCCAGAAAAAUCAGUGUCCACAGACGGAUGCCACUACCACUUCAUUCCAAAGUAUCUGAGUAAAUCCAUGAUUAACAUAACAGAUGUGACCCAUACCGAUGAAAAAUAUAUGAUUCUUAGACUCUCAUAUUUGUGGUACUGUCUAAUUGGAACAUUGGUGGCCUUAUUAGUGGGUCUAACAGUGAGUUAUAUCACGAAACCCCUUAAACCCGAGGAAGUUGAUCCAAAUCUUCUAGCACCUUUUAUAAAAAAUAUACUGGAACGAAGGAAAAACAAAAAACAAGAAAGCAAACAGAGUAAUAGCCAGAGCAGCAUAAUUCAAACAAAUGGUGAUAUGGCAUUAAAAGGAUUAGAGUGCAAUAACAAAAGAAAUUUGGAGAAGAUAGAAGAAAUAUAAUAUGUUAGGUUAGAAUUUUGUUAUCUCUUGUUGUUAUUUUUUAAAUUAUACUAUAAAUUUAA